AUGCAUGCGGCGGGAAAUAAGCAUAUCCGACCGUCAGCUGGCUCGCCAAGCCGGCCGAAGGCGAGACCACCAAGGCGAACCCAGCAAGAGUUCACCAUGGAAAUCUUCAAUACUUCAGAAUCCAAUGGCCUCAAGACUAGCCUAUCAAAAUCUGCUAGCUUCGCUUCCCUUGGAGUCCAACCAGACCUCGUGGCAGCACUGACUGCGAUGUCCAUCACCUCCCCUAGCGAGAUUCAACAGAAGGCGAUUCCUGAUAUUCUCGCUGGUCGUGAUUGUAUCGGUUCCUCUCAUACUGGUUCAGGAAAAACCGUGGCAUUUGCGAUUCCGAUCCUCCAAGCUCUAGCCAAGGAUCCAAUCAGUUGUUUCUGCUUGAUACUGACUCCAACCAGAGAACUUGCUUUUCAAAUCGGUUCUCAACUCAAAGUACUCGGAUCGUUAGCAGUCCCCGGUUUCACUUAUUCAGUCAUUGUUGGCGGAAUGGAUAUGAUGUCUCAAGCCCUGGAUCUCAAUAAACGUCCGCACAUCAUAAUCGCUACCCCAGGUCGAUUAGUCGAUCAUCUCAAGAGUGCCGAAGGUGAAGCAGGGAGGUGGAAUCUACGCCGAUGCAAAUUUCUAGUACUCGACGAGGCCGAUCGAAUGUUAACACCCACAUUCGCCGAAUCCCUGUCAUACCUCAUCAAUGAACAACUUCCUGACGCUACCGAGCGACAAACUUUACUGUUCUCAGCUACCAUCACUGAGCCUGUCCUGGCUUUGUCCGAGAAAACCCCGCCGGCUGGUAAGCAGAAGCCCGUCGUGCAUCUCUGCGGCCCAAGCAGAAUCAACAUUCCUCCUAGCCUCAAACAAUUCUACGCCUUCAUUCCUUCCCAAGUCAAGGAUGUCUAUCUCUACUUUCUCUUAUUGAACGUUUGCGAUCUGACUGGACUACCACCUCCUCCCAAGCGACAGAAGGAGUUGAAGUCAAAGAGGGUGAAAUAUUCAAACAAGGCCAAGCGAUUAAUCAAUGAAGAUGAUGAAACCGAUCCAGUCUCAAACCUACCUCAAACGAUCAUUUUCGUAUCCAAGCCAAGGGUGGCAGAACAGCUGCACCUUUUACUAGACUCCUCACAUCUACCCUACCCUAUCAAAUCAAGAUCACUACACUCAAACCUAAGCCAAAUGCAACGUCUAGAUGCGAUCCGUGAAUUUGAAGAACGUCAGGUGCCAGUGCUGAUAUCCACCGAUCUGGGCUCAAGAGGCUUGGACUUAAAACAGGUGAAGUUAGUCAUCAACUGGAACGUGCCCCUGGAUCCCAAUGAAUACGUCCAUCGAGUCGGACGUACGGCUCGUCGAAAUCAGGGUGGUGAUGGUCAUGGAGUCAGCAUUAGUUUGGUUGCUGAACACGAUGUCGAAUGCGUUUUGAAAGUGGAAGAACAGAUCGGUAGUAAACUAGAGCUGAUUCAAUUGAAGGAAGAAAAAGUUCUAGAGUACUUGAAUCCAAUCUCAAAAGCUAAGCGAGAAGCUGAAUUGGAUUUGAAUGAGAUGAAAUUCGGGCAACGUCAACUGAUCAAUAAGAAGAAACAACAAAAGUUGGACAAAAUCCGGAGAGCCAGUCAAGAUCAGUCUACCCAUCAAUAA